AUGUUCGAACCGAAUUACCGACCAGCGCAUCGCAUCCGGGACAUGCAGCAACUGCCAUAUGUCGUUGUCGAAAACCCGCACAUCAAAGACGUCUAUAAUCUAUAUUACAAUGCGUUUGAUACAUUCCGCAAGGUGAAGGAGAUCAAGACGCUGGAUGACAACGACAGACUCUGCGAAAUCAUUAGCAACAACUUGAAGAAACAUCUUACAGUGAUCCCAAAGCUGGCCAUGGGUAUACAUGAGUGCGAGGGGCUGUUUGACGCAAAAGAGAUGGAUCGUUUCAUGAACACUAUCCUCAAGUCCCGAAUAUCCCGCCGCGUGAUCGCCGAGCAGCAUCUCUCUCUCUCCGAGACAUAUAAUUCGCCUCACUUCUCGCCAGGCGCAAAGCUUUCCGAAUCCGACUUUAUUGGCGAGGUCUUCAUCAAAUGCAAUGCCAAGUCUGUCAUUGAGAGUUGCGCCGAGGCCACGCGCAAAAUUGCUCGCUCUACCAAUGCGCCGGACGUCAAGGUGCCAGAGAUCAAGAUCGAGGGUCACCUCGAGACCUCUUUUCCCUACAUUCUUUCCCAUCUCGAAUACAUUAUUGGCGAGCUCCUACGGAACAGCAUACAGGCUGUCAUUGACUGGCAUAGCAAGCACGGACAUCCCGAAGACGAGCCGCCACCCAUCGAGGUGACCAUUGCCGAGGCACCGCAGCAUGCCACGAUUCGUAUCUCGGAUCGUGGUGGCGGUAUACCCCGCCAAGAGCUUCCUUACUUGUGGGCGUUCUCAAAGGGGCCACAUAGCCAGCAACGUCUGGCCAACCUAGGCCGUGUGCCAAAGAUGGCGGCCACGAUGCAAGAGCUGCAUAUCGAAGACGACCUCGGGCGCGCAGACCUCAAAACGCCUCCGUACCAAAGCUCGCUUGCCACCUUAACAAGUCGACCGCCAGAUCUGCGACUGGGUAUGGGGCUGCCUCUCAGUCGUGUCUAUGCAGAAUAUUGGGCAGGAAACCUCGACGUACAUAGCUUGGAGGGCUAUGGCGUCGACGCCUUUCUGCAAAUCUCGAGGCUAGGCAACAAGAACGAGCAGGUCAUAACAAGAGCUAGCAUGGAUGCUGUCUAG